CACCUGCCGGCAGAAGUUAUUUGGAACCAAGCAAGAGCACUGUCCCUGGCUGUGGUGUUGUUUCUCUAGUCAGUUCCCCUUUCUGUAUUUGAGUUCAACCAUCAGUCCUGGCAUUAUUUCUCUCUCUACAAGGAGCCUUAGGAGGUACGGGGAGCUCGCAAAUACUCCUUUUGGUUUAUUCUUACCACCUUGCUUCUGUGUUCCUUGGGAAUGCUGCUGUGCUUAUGCAUCUGGUCUCUUUUUGGAGCUGCAGUGGACAGGCAUUUGUGACAGCACUAUGGGACUGAGUAACACUCUCUUUGUGAUGGCCUUCCUGCUCUCUGGUGCUGCUCCCCUGAAGAUUCAAGCUUAUUUCAAUGAGACUGCAGACCUGCCAUGCCAAUUUGCAAACUCUCAAAACCAAAGACUGAGUGAGCUAGUAGUAUUUUGGCAGGACCAGGAAAACUUGGUUCUGAAUGAGGUAUACUUAGGCAAAGAGAAAUUUGACAGUGUUCAUUCCAAGUAUAUGGGCCGCACAAGUUUUGAUUCGGACAGUUGGACCCUGAGACUUCACAAUCUUCAGAUCAAGGACAAGGGCUUGUAUCAAUGUAUCAUCCAUCACAAAAAGCCCACAGGAAUGAUUCGCAUCCACCAGAUGAAUUCUGAACUGUCAGUGCUUGCUAACUUCAGUCAACCUGAAAUAGUACCAAUUUCUAAUAUAACAGAAAAUGUGUACAUAAAUUUGACCUGCUCAUCUAUACACGGUUACCCAGAACCUAAGAAGAUGAGUGUUUUGCUAAGAACCAAGAAUUCAACUAUCGAGUAUGAUGGUGUUAUGCAGAAAUCUCAAGAUAAUGUCACAGAACUGUACGACGUUUCCAUCAGCUUGUCUGUUUCAUUCCCUGAUGUUACGAGCAAUAUGACCAUCUUCUGUAUUCUGGAAACUGACAAGACGCGGCUUUUAUCUUCACCUUUCUCUAUAGAGCUUGAGGACCCUCAGCCUCCCCCAGACCACAUUCCUUGGAUUACAGCUGUACUUCCAACAGUUAUUAUAUGUGUGAUGGUUUUCUGUCUAAUUCUAUGGAAAUGGAAGAAGAAGAAGCGGCCUCGCAACUCUUAUAAAUGUGGAACCAACACAAUGGAGAGGGAAGAGAGUGAACAGACCAAGAAAAGAGAAAAAAUCCAUAUACCUGAAAGAUCUGAUGAAGCCCAGCGUGUUUUUAAAAGUUCGAAGACAUCUUCAUGCGACAAAAGUGAUACAUGUUUUUAAUUAAAGAGUAAAGCCCAUACAAGUAUUCAUUUUUUCUACCCUUUCCUUUGUAAGUUCCUGGGAAACCUUUUUGAUUUCUUCCAGAAGGCAAAAAGACAUUACCAUGAGUAAUAAGGGGGCUCCAGGACUCCCUCUAAGUGGAAUAGCCUCCCUGUAACUCCGACUCUGUUCCGUAUGCCAAGAGAAGACCUUAAUUCUCUUACUGCUUCUUUUCACUUCAGAGCACACUUAUGGGCCAAGCCCAGCUUAAUGGCUCAUGACCUGGAAAUAAAAUUUAGGACCAAUACC